GAUGCUUACUGGGAGAGGCUGUACUUGGACCAGCCAGCCGGCAUGCCCCUGCUCUACGUCCACGCCCUGCAGGACGUCCCCGAGGAGGUGCCCAGCUUCCGCCUGGGCCAGCACCUCUACGGCGCCUACCGCACACGGCUGCAUGAGAACGACUGGGUCCGUAUCCAGGAGGACACGGGGCUUCUCUACCUUAACCGGAGCCUGGACCACAGCUCCUGGGAGAAGCUCAGCAUCCGCAACGGUGGCUUCCCGCUGCUCACCGUCUACCUCCAGGUCUUCCUGUCGCCAGCGUCCCUUCGUGAGAGCGAGUGCCAGUGGCCAGGCUGUGCCCGAGUGUACUUCUCCAUCAUCAAUGCCUCCUUCCCGGCUUGCGGUGCCCUCAAACCCCGGGACCUCUGCUUCCCGGAGAUGGGCCUGUCCUUCCGCAUUCGGGAGAACAGGCCUCCCGGCACCUUCCACCAAUUCCGCCUGCUGCCUGUGCAGUUCCUCUGCCCCAACGUCAGCGCAGCCUACAGGCUUCUGGGAGGUGAGAGUCUGCCCUUCCGCUGCGCUGUCGACAGCCUGGAGGUGAGCACGCGCUGGGCCCUGGACCGCGAGAAGCGGGAGAAGUAUGAGCUGGUGGCUACGUGCACGGUGCGCGUCGGCGCGCGUGAGGAGGAGGUGAUGGUGCCCUUCCCCGUGACCGUGUACGAUGAAGAUGACUCUGCGCCCAGCUUCCUCGGGGGCGUCGACACCACCAGCGCCGUAGUGGAGUUCAAGCGGAAGGAGGGCACUGUUGUGGCCACACUACGUGUCUUCGAUGCAGAUGUGGUGCCAGCAUCCGGGGAGCUCCUGAGACGGUACACAAGCACGCUGCUCUCUGGGGAUGCCUGGGCCCUCCAGACCUUCCGAGUAGAGCACUCGCCCAACGAGACCUUGGCCCAGGCCAACGGCAGCUUUGUGCGGGCAACCGUGCAUGACUACAGGCUGGUUCUCAACCGGAGCCUCCCCAUCUCGGAGAGCCGGGCCGUGCAGCUGGCCGUGCUGGUCAACGACUCGGACUUCCAGGGCCCGGGGGAGGGCGUCAUCCUUCUCCACUUCAACGUGUCCGUGCUGCCUGUCAGCCUGCGCCUGCCCAGCACCUACUCCUUUGCCGCGAGCAGGCGGGCCCGCCGCUUCGCCCAGAUUGGGAAAGUCUGUGUGGAAAACUGCCAGGAGUUCAGUGGCAUCCACGUGCAGUACAAGCUGCAGCUCUCCAGCGCCAACUGCAGCGCCCUGGGGAUGGUCACCUCGGCCGAGGACACCACGGGGACCCUGUUCGUGAACGACACGGAGGCCCUGCAGCGGCCCGAGUGUGCCCAACUCCAGUACACGGUGGUGGCCGUCGAACGGCCAACCCGCCGGCAAGCCCAGGCCCCAUUGCUCGUCACACUGGAGGGGACAUAUGUGGCAGAGGAGCCAGGCUGCCCCCUGUCCUGCGCGGUCAGCAAGAGGCGGCCCGAGUGUGAGGAAUGCGGCGGCCUGGGCUCUCCGACGGGCAGGUGCGAGUGGAGACAGGGAGACGGCAAAGGGAUCACCAGGAACUUCUCCACCUGCUCCCCCAGCAUCAAGACCUGCCCCGACGGCCACUGUGACGCCGUGGAAAGCAGAGAUGCCAACAUCUGCCCCCAGGACUGCCUCCGGGGCGGCAGCAUCAUUGGUGGGCACGAGCCUGGGGAGCGCCGGGGGAUUAAAGCCGGCUUCGGUAUCUGCAACUGCUUCCCGGAGGAGAAAAAGUGCUUCUGCGAGCCGGAAGACAGCCGAGGCCCGCUGUGCGACGAGCUUUGCCGCACGGUGAUCGCGGCAGCCGUGCUCCUCUCCUUCAUCGUGUCCGUGCUGCUGUCCACCUUCUGCAUCCACCGCUACCACAGGCACGCCCACAAGCCGCCCAUCGCCUCAGCUGAGAUGACCUUCCGCCGGCCUGCCCAGGCCUUUCCGGCCAGCUACUCCUCAUCUGGCGCCCGCCGGCCCUCUCUGGACUCCGUGGAGAACCAGGUCUCUGUGGAUGCCUUCAAGAUCCCGGAGGAUCCAAAGUGGGAAUUCCCUCGCAAGAACUUGGUUCUUGGAAAAACUCUGGGAGAAGGAGAAUUUGGAAAAGUGGUCAAGGCAACGGCCUUCCGGCUGAAAGGCAAAGCGGGGUACACGACUGUGGCUGUAAAGAUGCUGAAAGAGAACGCCUCAGCGAGCGAGCUGCGGGACCUGCUGUCAGAGUUCAACCUCCUGACGCAGGUCAGCCACCCGCAAGUCAUCAAGCUAUACGGGGCCUGCAGCCAGGACGGGCCGCUGCUCCUCAUUGUGGAGUAUGCCAAGUACGGCUCCCUGCGGGGCUUCCUCCGAGAGAGCCGCAAGGCGGGGCCUGGCUACGUGGGCAGCAGAGACAGCCGCAACUCCAGCUACCUGGACAACCCGGAGGAGCGGGCCCUGACCAUGGGCGACCUCAUCUCCUUCGCCUGGCAGAUCUCGCGGGGGAUGCAGUACCUGGCCGAGAUGAAGCUCGUCCACCGGGACUUGGCAGCCAGAAACGUCCUGGUGGCCGAGGGGCGCAGGAUGAAGAUCUCGGAUUUUGGUCUGUCCCGAGAUGUGUAUGAAGAGGAUUCCUACGUGAAGAGAAGCAAGGGUCGGAUCCCAGUCAAGUGGAUGGCCAUCGAGUCCCUCUUUGAUCACAUCUACACCACCCAGAGUGACGUGUGGUCCUUCGGUGUCCUGCUGUGGGAGAUUGUGACCCUGGGGGGCAACCCCUACCCUGGGAUUCCUCCAGAGCGGCUCUUCAACCUUCUGAAAACAGGCUACCGGAUGGAGAGGCCAGACAACUGCAGUGAGGAGAUGUACAGUCUGAUGCUGCAGUGCUGGAAGGAGGAGCCAGACAAGAGGCCAGUGUUCGCUGACAUCAGCAAAGACCUGGAUAAGAUGAUGGUUAAGAGCAGAGACUACUUGGACCUGGCCGCGUCCACCCCAUCUGAUUCCCUGCUGUACGACGACGGCCUGUCGGAGGAGGAGAUGCCCCUGGUGGACUGUAAUAGCGCUCCCCUCCCUCGAACCCUCCCCUCCACGUGGAUUGAAAACAAACUCUAUGGUAGAAUUUCACAUGCAUUUACUAGAUUCUAGCCACGUUGUUCCUCUCUGCACUGUCCUUACUCUCUGUAAUGCUUUUUAAGAGCGUUUCUGGUCUGAAUGAAGCCAAAGUCUGCUCUGAACC